AUGAGUAAUUGCGUCAAAUGUUCGAAAUCGGUUACUAGAAACUCAAAGGAUAAAAUCAAAUGUGAAAUGUGUCGAGUGUUCUAUCAUGGGUCGUGUGUGGGGUUGAACGAGACUGAAUUGAGUGUUCUGGCGGAGCAGGGAAGAUCUUGGUUGUGUUCGCCGUGCAAUCAUAAGCGUCGAUUAAGCCGUAGUUUGAGCGACACCGGUGUGAAUGAUUCCGAGGACGUUAAGGAAAUGAUAAGAUUGCUGGGUGAAAAAAUUGAUAGCGGGCUUAAGCGUAUAGAAAAUGAUCUUGGAAGUUCACUUAAUAUGUGUCACGAGAAGUUAGACGAGAACUCUCAAUUGUUGAUGGCUCAGAAGGCGAAUAUUGAGAAGCAGAAUAAACUCAUUGAAUCUCUGCGUCAAGAAAACCAAAACCUUUCCAAGCGAGUGAGUGAAUUGUCGGAGCGUCUUGAUGACGCUGAGCAGUACUCCAGAUCUAACACCCUGGAGAUUUUCGGCGUUCCUACCUCUCAAAAUGAAGACGUGACGCAGACUGUUAUUGGUGUGGGUAAAGCGUUGGACUUGAAAAUAACAGAGGAUAUGAUUGAUGUAUGUCAUCGCUUGAAGCCGCUAAAUAACCGGCCGUCAUCGGGGAUGAUCGUACGCUUCGUUCGCCGUACAGUGAAGGAGGCGUUUUUGGCGAAGCGUCGUGUUAAAAGAACAUUAUCAACUAGACACAUGGGCUUGGCUAUGGACUCUCCCAUCUACAUCAAUCAAUCACUCAGUCAACGUAAAAUAAUUCUAUUUGCGAAGGCUAAAAAGGUAAAGAGUGAACGUGAUUUUAAAUUUUUGUGGAUUGACAGAUCUGGCAAUAUUAGGAUAAGAAAAAGUGAAGGUACUACGAUUCAUACUAUCAAAUCUGAAAUUGACAUUGCUAAGCUCGCUGAUAAUGCAGUCUAA